CUAAACAACUCCAAAAAAUGAGAGAAUAAGAAUUUGAGAAAAAUUCUUGCAGGAAAAUUCAUAUGUAAUAAGCACGGUAAAAAAUUUGUGAAAAAUUCUUGCAGAAGGAAGAAAACCUAACAGAUACCGACAAUUCAUCAGUCGCAGGGCUGUCGAUAGAGCUGCUCGGAGUCGGAGCUCUGCCAGCCAUGGAUUACCUUAAAACCAUUGUACCAUCUCAAUUCUUCGCCGAGCGCGGCUCUAACGUCGUUGUUAUCAACCCAGGUUCAGCAAAUGUAAGAAUAGGACUAGCAAAGCAUGAUGCUCCUAUUAGUGUGCCGCAUUGCAUUGCUAGACGAACAUCUCAAGUUCCCAAAAGGAAUGUUCAGGACCAGUUGCUCAAUUCUCAGGUUACCACAGUGCAGCAUAUGGAGCGGGAAAGGGCUUAUGACAUUAUCGCGUCAUUGUUGAAAAUUCGGUUUUUAGAUGAGGAGAUGGUAAACAAUCAGUAUCCCCCAAAGAUGGCUCGUGUAGAUGUGUUUCCUCCUCAAAGUAAUACCAAAAAAGAUUCAGUUAUUCCAUGGACUGAUGUGUUUGAGAAACGUGCAUCUUCAUCUUCCGAAGCAGGAAGUUCACUGAGAACUGAAGAGACUUCAGUUGACAAAGAAGGUACUGUCAAUGAGGGGGAAACCAAUUCAACUGAGCCUAAAUACAGAGAGUUUAUUUUUGGUGAAGAAGCUUUGAGAAUAUCUCCUACUGAACCUUAUUCCUUGCGUCGGCCUAUUCGCAGGGGACAUCUCAAUAUCUCUAUGCAUUAUCCCAUGCAGCAGGUAAUCGAAGACAUUCAUGCUAUAUGGGAUUGGAUUUUGACUGAAAAGCUACACUUACCUCAAAAUGAAAGGCAUAUGUAUUCUGCUGUCCUUGUUGUUCCUGAGACCUUUGAUAACCGCGAAAUAAAGGAACUUCUGUCCAUUGUACUCAGAGACUUGCAUUUCAGCUUAGCAGUAGUCCACCAGGAAGGCCUUGCUGCAGUCUUUGGAAAUGGUCUAUCAACGGCAUGUGUUGUGAAUAUCGGUGCUCAAGUGACGACGGUAAUCUGUAUUGAGGAUGGAGUGACUCUACCUACAACUCAGAUUAAUCUACGGUACGGCGGAGAGGAUAUAUCGAGAUGUCUUCUUUGGACACAAAGACAUCAUCAGACAUGGCCACCUAUCCGUACUGAUGCUCUUACAAAGCCCAUGGAUUUGUUAAUGUUGAAUAGACUUAAAGAAUCUCACUGCCAGAUUAGAGAAGGUGAUGUUGAAGCAGGUUCUGUAGUUCAUUCGUAUGAAGAUGACAUGCCACCCGGGUCACACAAGACAAGGCUUACUGCGCUUAAUGUUCCCCCUAUGGGUUUGUUCUACCCAAUGCUUUUGGUUCCUGAUGUUUAUCCUCCGCCACCUCGCACCUGGUUCAGUGAUAACGAGGAUAUGUUGGAAGAUACUUGGGAAUAUCCAAGAAGACCAGACAUGUCAGAUGGUUACUUCCCUUCUAGUGGUGGAUAUUUCCCUAUGUGGGAAAACUACCCUGUGUUCCACUCGAAGCCCAAAAAACAAGAUAUCAUUGGUCUUGCAGAUGCUAUUACAAAAAGCAUUCUUUCCACAGGGCGUAUAGACCUGCAGAGAAAGUUGUUCUGUAGCAUGCAGCUGUUUAGUGUUAUACAUGAUUCUGUUUUUCAGAUAGGCGGAGUGGCUUUAACCGAGGGUCUCGUUUCUGCUGUGGAAGAAAGGGUAUUGCAUGCUAUUCCUUCUCAUGAAGCCAUUGAUACAGUGGAGGUUUUGCAAUCUAGAACAAAUUCAGCCUUUGUAUCAUGGAAAGGUGGAGCGAUAUUAGCUAUUCUUGAUUAUACACGAGAUGCGUGGAUACACCGUGAGGACUGGAUCAAGAAUGGGAUUCAUAUUGGAAGUGGCCGAAAGUACAAGGAUUCAAUUUUAGAGAAAAGAUUUUCUCAACCCUCUUCGUCAAUCCACCAUAGCCGCGCGACGUCUUCAUCAGAUUCUUGUCCGAUCAACCAUGGCCAUAGCCGUGAAGCCGCGAGUUCCGACCGCCGUGCAGCAAGGGAGAACCAGUGGUCCCAAACAACAACUAACUCCUUCUCCCUCGGGCGACGUUCGAUCAAGUCUGAAGCCAAGAGACGAGCCGUCACCAACGAGUCUCCACCGCCGCGCGACUCCUUCCGGCGAGCAGCAGAUCCCGUCAAUUCGUCCGUCGUGCCUGAGGUCUCGUCACCCUUCGUCGACCAUCCCGCACCAGCGAGCGAACAGACCCCUCGUCACCGGCAUCAAAUCAAUAUAUACUAA